GAUAUAAUUUCGUCUUUGGUGUCAGUCAACAUUGUUUCGUUUGUGAGCCAUGUGUGGUAUAUUUUGUUUUAUUUCACAGACAAGCUCAAUUACAUUAGGAGAAAAGGUGUUAGAACAGUGCAAAUGCCUCCUAAACAAUAGGGGUCCAAAUAAAGCUGUUCGUUCCGAUUACGGUUCACGUGUCCUUUUACUCGGAACAGUUCUAUGGCAGCAAGGCAGCAAACUUUGCGCACAACCAGUUGAAAAUGAUCGAUUCAGCUUUCUUUUUAACGGAGAUUUAUUCGUUGAACGGGGUAACUCGACAGUGGCCGAUACACGAUGGAUGUUUGAGAAGUUGACCGAGAGUAUAGAAACGAAUACGUUUCACAACUUAAUCACACAAUUAAAGGGGCCGUUCAGUUUAAUUUUAUUGGACAGAAUGACUGAAAGAGUUUAUUUUGCUCGCGAUAGUUUAGGAAGAAACUCACUGCUGAUGUGCUCAACUGAUGAUGGUUUAAUAAUCAGUAGCGUUAUUGGCGAAGGGUUUCCAUUUCAAACGAUAGAGAUUCCACCUAAAGGAAUAUAUUAUGUUAAUUAUAGAAAAAGUUUAACACAACAAAACCUCAUACCAUGGAUUGACGACAAUGCCGAAGAAAAAUGUUCAAUAGUUUCAAAUGACAAAUUGAUAAAGCUUCCCUGGUUUGAAAAAGCGGUGCUCAAGAUGAACUUCAAUUAUCACACGAUUUUGAAGGAUGAGGUUUUUCCAAAUGAAAAGGUGUUUGACAUUUUAAUGAGAAAUGAGUGUGUAUCAAGUAUGUGUGGACAAUUGAUUGAAAUACUUUCCAAAUCUGUUCGCGAAAGAACGAUCAAUACUCCACAACAUUGUAAAGAAUGCAUUGGUACAGAAUCACGGUGUCCACAUUCGAAAGUAGGAAUACUUUUUUCGGGUGGUAUUGAUUGUACAAUAAUAGCUCUUUUAGUAGACAAAUUUGUGGAUCAAGAUAUUCCCAUUGAUUUGAUCAAUGUCGCUUUCCAAAAAGUGGAACGACCUGGGAAUCAAAAAUCAGUAAUUAGUUGGGACGUGCCUGAUAGGUUGACAGGUCGAGCCACAUUGAAGGAGUUGCACAUUCUGAGGCCGAAAAGAAAAUGGCAGUUUGUAGAAGUAAAUGUACCGCGAAACGAAUUGGAGAACCAUAAACAUCACAUUUCCAAUUUAGUAUUCCCACUGAAAUCUGUUCUCGAUGAAUCGUUGGGAAUAGCAUUAUGGUUUGCAGCACGCGGAGAAGGCAUCUUGAAUGAAGCUAAAUAUAAUAGUCCUUGCCGGGUACUUCUUGUAGGAUCAGGUGCAGACGAGCUUUUCGGUGGGUAUUCUAGACACCGAGCGGCUUUUUAUCGAUAUCUCAACCCAAAGGAACAUCACAACAAGGACGAGGAAAUUGAACGAGCUUUUAGUAAUUUAGCAGUCGAAUUGGAACAUGACUGGAAGCGACUACCUAGUAGAAAUCUGGCCCGAGAUGACAGGGUUAUAGGCGACCAUGGAGUAACUCCUAGAGCACCUUAUCUUCAAGAAGACUUCGUAUCGAUCGUAAGAAGUUUAGAAGCAUAUCAGAAAUGUUACCAUCCUAUAGGUGCCGGUAUCGGUGAUAAGCUCACGCUGCGUGUAUGUGGUUAUUCAUUAGGUUUGAAAAAUGCCGCAUUCUUGAAAAAGCGAGCUUUACAAUUUGGAUCUAGAAUCGCAGAUAGCAGGCAGAAUGCAAAUGACGUUUCAAUCUUUCUGAACAAACAAUCUAAUUUGAUGUAAUUUUUCCAUAGUUAUCAAGGAAGUGAUAUUGGUAAAAUAGUUCAAACAGGUUUGCUGUAGAAUGAAAAUUAAUAUUGGAAAUUACCUUACUGCAUCAUUUCUAGUUCUUGAAUCUAAAAAAUAGAACAACACACUGUUGAAUUGA